ACCAUCCUGUAGUAUCGUAUCCGAGACCACACUUACAUUACCUUGACAUACUCGACGCGUCAUAGUAUUGAUGUUCUUACGAAGAUAUAGAAUGGUUACGAUACGCAAGUGUACAGUUUUAAAAUAUAGACCUGAUUCAGGCCAGUGAAUUAUCUUGAGAUAUGGAUCCAUAUCGAAAUUGGAAUGAUUUUUGAACAGCCGCGGUGCAGAUAUACAUAUCAAGCAAAAUAAUCUGGUGCAUCCGAAUCUGUGAAGGGAGGCUGAAGGCAGGACUCAGCAGAGUUGUCCUUUAACAGUGUUGCUUAAGGGGCCUCUUGAAGUGAAAAGACUGGCCUGAUGGCCUGAGCGGUAUCACUGUGUGGACCCAAGCCAUGUGAAGAUCAGCCAUGUGAAGAUCAAAAAUGGGGAUGGCUGAGAGGUCGCGUGGGACAGUGAGCAGCUGUGGUCUGCUGUGAGCUGUGUCUCCUCAUCUGACUGAGAGCAUGUACAGGAGGAAUGGGCUCUCUGCCAAUAUCAGCAUCACCUCCGCCACUACCCAGUGCCCAGGACAGCAGCAGUUCUGAGUCUCUGGAUGGGCGGAGCUUGGACUCAGCCAAGAGCUAUGAUGCGGUGGUGUUUGACGUGCUCAGAGUGACUCCUGAGGAAUUUGCCGGCCAGAUCACUUUGAUGGAUGCUCCUGUAUUCAAAGCAAUCCAACCCGAGGAGCUGGCCAGCUGUGGAUGGAACAAGAAAGAGAAACACAGCCUCGCACCCAACGUGGUGGCCUUCACACGGCGGUUCAACCAGGUCAGUUUCUGGGUGGUGAGAGAGAUACUGACAGCGCAAACCUUGAAGAUUCGAGCAGAAAUUUUGAGUCAUUUCAUCAAAACUGCAAAGAAGCUAUUGGAGCUGAACAACCUGCACUCCCUGGUGUCAGUGGUUUCGGCCUUGCAGAGCGCACCCAUCUUCAGACUCAGCAAGACCUGGGCGCUGAUCAGUCGAAAGGACAAAGCCACUUUUGAGAAGCUGGACUUCCUAACGUCAAAAGAGGAAAAUUACACCCGCAUGAGAGAGUACAUCAGGUCCCUCAAAAUGACCCCAUGCAUCCCAUACCUAGGAAUCUAUCUAUUGGAUAUGAUUUACAUCGACUCUGCAUAUCCAGCCACUGACAGCAUCAUUGAGACCGAGCAGAGGACCAAUCAAAUGAACAACCUCCUCCGUAUCAUCUCUGACCUUCAGGUGUCCUGCAGCUAUGAUUACUUGCAGACAUUGCCACAUGUGCAGAAAUACUUGAUGUCAGUACGCUACAUUGAGGAGCUGCAGAAGUUUGUGGAGGAUGACAAUUACACGCUGUCUCUAAGAAUUGAACCAGGCAACAGCUCACCUCGUCUGGUAUCUUCCAAAGAAGACCUUGGAGCAGGACCAUCAGAAGAAUCAUUCUCUGUGAGGUAUAACCGGAGGCCAACAUGUCCUGAUACGUCAGUUGCUCACCUGCCCACCCCACCUCCUGCCCGUCACAGGAAGAGCCACAGUCUGGGCAAUAAUAUGAUGUGCCAAUUUGGAGUGGUGGAGAGUAAGAGUGCCACUUUCUCUGCUAAGGAGAAGGCUCGUCACCUACUGGACGACAGCUUUUUAGAGUCCCACAGCCCUGUCAGGAACCACACACAUGAUUCUGUCUUCACCAAUGGCAUUUCUUUAGGCAGUAGAGAAAGUUCCUUCAGUGAUGAGUUGUCAUCUACUGUUGAAAGGGGCCGUAUGUAUGCUACUCUGGGUCCAAACUGGAGGGUUCCAGUACGCACCUCCCCCAGAAGCAGAGCCUACAUGUAUAGUGUCUCUGGAGCAGCCUCCAGUUAUGAGUGCAGCUCACUAAGCAGUAUAACCAUUGAAGGACCCCUGCGGAGAAAGACAGUGAUGAAAGAGGGCAAGAAACCUACAUUGUCAUCCUGGAAACGUUACUGGAUUGUUCUUUCUGGUUCCACGCUCAUCUACUUUGGCUCUAAAGCUUUAAGAGCGAACGAAAGGAGACAUUACAAGUCCAGGCCAUGCAAGAAGAUCUCACUAACGGGGUGGAUUGUGGUGCUCCCUGAUGACCCUGAGCACCCGAACAUUUUCCAGCUCAAUGACCCUGAUAAAGGUAAUGUUUACAAGUUUCAGACUGGAUCUCGCUUCUCUGCCAUCAUCUGGCAUAAGCACCUGGCUGAGGCUUGCAGGUGUAUAAGACCACAGAUACCAGCCAACUUAAUGUCUUUUGAAUAGCUGCCACUUACAGAGGGACAGAAUGUACCAGUCUUGAGGAACAAAGUUCGAACAAUGAACAAAGUUCAAAACAUCGCUCUGUGGUGUUUCACUGCACUAUAUCAUGUGUCUGUACAAACAGCCCUGUUGAUCAGGGAUCAGUAUUCAUGGGAUUUUGCUUUGUGUUAAACAACUGAUGGGUCCUAUGGAGUUUUGAGGGAGUCUUUUGGAAAAUGUGCCCUAGAAGAACAGAGGGGAUAUCAAAAGGAUGUUAAUAACAACAAAACCUUGAUACCAUGACAGAUUUGUUAAUAACACCAAAACCUUCAUACCAUGACAGAUUCACAGCAAGUCAUGAACAGGAACUGGUUCAGUUAACAUAUUUCUCACAAGAAGGAUGUGGCAGAAGGUGUAACAGUCUGUACUGGUUUGUAAAAUAAGCCGUUCAUGAUUAAACUAUGACUACUAUGAAGCUAUCUACAAUGAAGCUAUCUAAAAAUGGUUUAAACGAGAAAUAUAUACGUUUUACCUUCUAUAUGGUAUCAAUUCCAGCCUUCAUGAGUUUUACAGAGAUACCUGGAAGAAACUUAAUCUCCCACUGGAACAGAAUGUUUAUUCCAUCCAGUUCUAAUGCCAGGAAAUGCAAUGUCGCUGUGGCCAUUAAAACUGCUUUGGGUCCUACCAGCCCAAUCUUGUAUUUUACGGAUCCUCUCACCUUCAGCAAAGGGGAAGGAUGAUGCCAGUUGUGCAAUGAAUUCUGCCUGAAAGCGCAGUCCUUUGUUUUUCUUUUUUUUUGG